AUGGGUCAAGAGCAUCGAGGAACCAUUGCAAACAUUGCUGAUUUUGAUAUCACGAGAUUUAGGACCCGUGCUGGACCGAUGAAUGCUCCUGACCCUUUGAUUGUGGACUACGUUAAACGUGCGGGAUUUGGUGAGGUAAUGAACUUAACAGAAAGCAAAGUUGAUAUGAAGUUUAUAUUAGCAUUGUGUGAGCGUUGGAGGCCUGAGACCCAUACUUUUCACCUUCCAAUGGGUGAAUGUACCGUCACUCUAGAGGACGUGUACAUGUUAUUGGGUCUCAAAACAAAUGGAAAGGCAGUGUAUGGAAAUGUCCAACAACCAAACGCUCUAUGCGUCGAAUUGUUGGGUGUGGAUUUAAUAGAGGGUGAGGGGCGACAAAGGGGUAGGGGACAAGGUAUAAAGCUUGCUGGCCUUCAACUAGCUUAUGAUGACCUUAAAUUGAAUGAGUUUUCUGACGAAGAAAGUAUCCUACAGAAAACUAGGAUGUAUAUUAUGUUAUUGUUUGGUAAGUUUUUAUUUCCCGAAGGCACGGGAAAUAGUGUUAAUUUUAUGUACUUGUGUUUACUUGGGGACAUUGAUGCAAUAAAGACAUAUAGUUGGGGUUCGGCUGUGUUAGCAUACCUCUAUAGUUCCUUGUGCAAAUGUGCAAAAAAGAAUAGUUGUACAUUUAGUGGAUGCGCAUUCUUGCUACAAGCAUGGGCAUGGUGGAGAAUGCCGGUAUUGGCCCCUGCAAAUCCAAACAGUUUCGCCUUCCCUUACGCUUCAAGGUUUAAUGCAAUCGGGUUGGAUUACACCAAUACGCCUUUAUCCAAAAUCAUUUUUUACCGCCAACUAUUAGAUCGACUUGGACCCCAAGAUUUUAUUUGGAGACCUUACUUGGAAUUGGAUCACGUACCCGACCUUGACGAGGCGGCUAUUUGGACGACAAAAUCACCCAUCAUACGGUUCACCACUGUGGAGAUGCACCAAAGUGACCGUGUGAAGCUCCAAUUCGGCAUGCAUCAAGGUAUCCCUGACCCACCUGAACCUGACUGUUUGGGACGUUGGCAUCUGGCGAAGGCCAACCAUUGUUCUUCGCGUGUGAAGCAGAAAAAUUCUGAAAAUUGUGAGUCAUGUGUAUACACUAGCUCCCCAGUUGUAACAAUUACAAGGGAUCCUUGGAAAGAGGAUGUGGGUUUUUCUGUUGGUUUAAUGAGGAAAGGACAGAAGACAGAAAUCAAGUCCUGA